AUGCAUCCACCAUACGGUAGGCAUACGGUAGAGAACGCUAAUGCGAAAUGGGUACGAACGUAUCAGAUGUCCAGAGAACUUCUGAGGCAAACCUUAAAUUUAACUUCUCUCCUACAUACAUACUUAUCUCCACAAUUAGGUGGUGUGAUGCGAACACAUGAUCGAACAGUGAUAGCCUCUGUAGGACUGGUUCAAAUUCAGAUCAAUGCACAACGUAUUGGUCCAUUAUUUCAAACGGAAUACUUGGCUAGUGAAGGACCAACUAUGAGCAGUGUGUUUGAUUUUUGGUGUAUGGUGUGGCAGGAAAACGUUGAACGGAUACUAUCCGUAAAUUUCCCACAUGAAGAACGUCUCUAUCCUUCAAUUUAUGAUCCAACUAAAGAAACUAUACAAUAUUGGCCUGUUGAGAUAGGAAAGACUGUCGCAUAUAUGCCUUUUAAAAUCACAUGUAUGGAUACUAGAAUGAUGGUGGGAAGCGUAUGUUGUGGAAAUCUUACAAUCCAAGUAGCGCCUGGAAUACGAGCUGUUGCUCCAAAUGAUAUGGUAUAUCGAGUAACGCAGUUAAGAAUAUCCUAUUCAAAUCCUAUUGGCGAACCUGAACCGGAUAGAGAGAUUGUACAUAUGUGCUAUUAUCGAUGGCCCGAUGGAUGUCUUCCAAUACCGUGGCCUUUGACUUCAGCCUCCUAUGCAGCUACAGCCAUGAGGAUCAUUGACAUAGUCGAAAGGGAGCUCCCACCAUCUUCUUCUCCUAUGCUGGUCCACUGCCAUGCGGGUUUAGGUCGCACUGGGGUUUUUAUUGCACUAGACGUUGCUCUAAGGCAGCUCUACCAAAACAAUACUGUUAAUAUCAAGGGCGUAGUUGAAAAACUCCGUGAGAAACGUGCUAGGGCCGUUAUGAACCCCUGGCAAUAUGCCUAUAUUAAUGUUGUGGUAGCUGAGAAA